AUGAUCCUAAUUUUAGCUAGUUUUCCCAAUAUCCCAAACUAUAGACUUGACAUAGUGUUUGUGGAACAGGACUUGGCUGCUGAAAAAUCAGUUGCAGCUCUUGCUGCAAGCAAAUCACAAGUUGAUACGAAUUCACAUUCCCGGCGAGUGGAUGCAGGUGUACAGGUCCAAGUAGGAUAUAUGAGGCCUGGGGAAAAUGGCGGACCAACCGCACUGCCUAAAAAGAAACGCUCCAAGAAUGGAGCUGUUUCAAUUGGAGAAGCAAAUGGUCUGGUGUUCUUGGGUGGUGGUCGGGGUGGGGGUGGGCGGGACUCUGUUGUGCCAAAUAAGACCUUGAAGGGAUUCGAUAAAAUUGGCCAGACCAAGGAGGCCCUUGAAAGUGUUUGUACAAAAUGUGUAUCUUGUGCUGACAUACAUGUUGUUGCCACUGGAGAUGGCAUUGUUCUGGCUGAUGGCCCCCUUUAUCCGCUUUUCACUGGUAGAAGGGAUAGCACCAGGUCCUACCAUGAUGAAGCAAUGGCUGAGAUUCUGAAACCCGAUGAUGAGAUCACUCUGACAAUUGAUCUGUUCUCACUGAGUGGAUUUAAGGACGAGAAACUGUCAAGUCUUCCAGGAAUGUACACACAAGCUCCGCCUUUUUCUUACCAAGUCUAUGUAAUAAUCACGACGUUAAUGAAAGCUACUAUGUAUGUCUUUUUAGUGUCGUUGUCAUAUAACUCGUGUUGA